UCCAAGUCCAGACCUCGGUAUCUGGUGCCCCCCGGCCCGCUCCUCGGUAAGGAGACGCCGCGGCGGGCGCUGGCGUCGCCUGGGUGGUCCUGGGCGGCCUCGGGUGCUCUGCGCGGUCGGGCGGGCCGAAGCCGGCGCGCCCUGCGGCGGCCCCGACGCGGUGCAGGGACGCGCAGGGCCACCGAGGGGAGCUGCAGGGUAACUUUUCCCCGGGAAAGCGGCCCGCCGGGCCCGGCAGAGCCUCCCUGCCUUUUGUUUGUUUUCCUGCCCGAGGCCCGACUCCCGCUGCUGUGCCAUGCGCCGCGCGGCCCCAGCGAGUGGCCGGACCUGCCGGGCGUCCCCAGCCGAGCCCUCGGCCGCUGCCAGCGCGGCUCGCCGGGUCCCCAGCGCCUGAGCCGGCCGCGGCGCCCUGUCGCCGAGAGCGCCGCUCACCGCAAGGCGGGCCCCCGCCUGGAUUCGCAGCGCCAGCAGGAGACUGACCUUUGGAAAUAUGUCUUUGGGAGAUAGUCACGUCCUCCUGAAUACCUUGUGCUGGUGCUGCCAUCGGAAAAUUUGGUUACACUCCGGGGAGGCCUGCUGCCACGGCGGGACUGAACCCCCGCAGCCCUGA